AUGAGUGAAAUACUCCCAAUUGUACAGCUCCUACACCACUAUGCAAACUUACAACCUCCAGUUACCAUAACCUUUGAGCAGCUCAUCAAAUUCACUGCCUAUGCCUCUCGUCUCAAGGAUGAUCUAUUACUUGUCCAGCCAUCCUCUUAUUCUCUCUCACGGGGGCCACCAAUCUUAUCUCCUGCGAUACAGUUAUUCCUAUCAGAAGCUUGCUUGAUACCCCUUGAUGCCGUCCCCCAAAUCUGGGUAGCACUUGCCAAUAUUUCAUGGACCACAAAGCUUGAGUUGGCGUCAACUGAUGGAAAUUUUGAGGCGGCGUAUAGAACCUUUGGACAUACCCAAGGAAUUUGUAUGUACAGUUGA